AUGCCGCGGUUACAUAUUUGGAUGUUAGGGGCCACACUUGCGGGAUGCGGGCAGUAUGUCUUUUGCAAACAUUUUUAUGGUGAUCGAUACACUGAACGGGAAGAAAUGGAAUCGUCUAUACAAGCGGAGAAAUCGUACUUGUUACAAUUAAUGCAGCAGUAUGCUCUUCUCAAUCGUAGUAUUCAGGAUCUUCCAGGGUCAUUGUGUACGACGAACCGCGAGCGACUUUCUGUCUACUGUAAAAUUCAACAACUUAGGGAAGUGAUACACAACUUACCACUCAAAUCCAUGUCCGCUGUGGACAGGAAGGCAAUGCUGCUUCAGUUAGAUGGGCUUGAGGCGGCACAGUGCACCCCGUUAAAUUUCCGCGAUGAAGCGCUCACGAUAUCGGAGAUCGUAAUGUGCCAAUUUUGUUAUGGAUUUUAUAUGUUGUGCUUUUGUGUUAUCGAUCCACUGCUGCGCCGCGUUGCCGCAGAGAGGGUUCGGCGCCAGUUUCUUCACAGAACUUCGAAAAUGAUCUUACAUUGCCUCCGAAUUCCCGUUACUAUGGCUUUUGAACCACAGGCUGAAUAUAUUAACGAUGAAAAGGAGGGAAAGCUGUGUUGCCUGGUAUUUAGUCCUCAGCACUGGGUGGAGGUAGUAGGUUUUUGGGCGUGCCCACUUAAUCCGCUGCUUUUGAGCACGCACCUGCAGCUGUGGCAAUUAUCACUUCGGGAGGCGGUGCCGUUUAGUGAGUAUUGGCAUGAGCAGUGGUGCCGUAUGCAAAGGGAGCUAGUUGACGCUGCAGUUGUAAGCGACCCUGUUGUAGAAUAUUCAGGGGGGCGGAUACUGCAACCCACUGAUAGCAUCAACACCGUGAAGGGAAGUGACUCUCCUGUUACCUCGACCUAUGGUUAUCCUCGCGCAUUGCGGCGGGGAUAUGAAGGAUCUCCGGUAUUGGACCCUGAAAUGAAAAACUUGACAGGUGUCCAUCCUUCUUCAGCAGCCUCUGCGGCAGGGCCCCGUUUUGUGCCGGUUGCUUCGUGUGGUCUUCCCCGAUUAUUGUACAUUAACGAAGCGGUGGCGCGCCCCGACGUGCGGCCACGCCCAACUCAAAAGGAGAUAUACACGCAGCUUCAACAUUUACAGUAUCCGGAGAGUUUGGGGUGCAGCUCAGGGGUCCGGAAGAUCAAUGCAUCCGGGGGCAAUGCCAAGGAUUGCAAUCUCAAAGCGGAGAAGGAAGGGGAACUUCUGCUACAACUGCGCAGUUGGUACUCUUGCGGAGGAAUUCCGUGGUGGCAUCGUGCUACGUGGGGUGCGGCCUACGGAGGUGUUGGGCGUCGAGGUAAUUGUGACUGGAGGGGUCUGUCAUUUCGUUUAGGCCGACCGUGUAGCGCUGACCAGCUUCUCAAGGAGCAGAUGGGUUUGUGUUUGUGUCUUCAUACCCCUACAAACGUGUUGUGA